AUGAAUAAACAUUUGAGGAUCACGGUUAUCACUCUUCAUUUCACACCACACUCUCACAAUUCCACAUUCAUCUCUUCUGAAUGCUUUAUCGGUGGCGCUAUCAGCCUUGCACCGCCGUCUCACCGAACCUCCAUUGGACUCAACUUCCAUCGGCCUUACUCGCAUCGCUCCCUUCCGUCGCACCCCUUCCGUCGGCCUUGCUCGCAUCACUCCCGUUCGAACCCUAAUGUGCGUUUCUCUUCGAUCUCGCCACUAGUGCUUGCUCUUCUCCGUGUGUUACUGCGUUUCUCUUUCGAUCUUGCCUCAGCUGUGCAGCUGCUGCGACAUGGCGAGGUUGGUUUGGGCUUUGUGCUUUGUGCUACAGAGGAGAAAGCUAAUGAGUGUUUUAGUGCUGCAAAGUAUAUCAUGGAGAUUUCGGAAUCAAAGUUGGCAAAGCAAUGUUCUUCCCCAGAUAAUGAGCAUUCAAAUGUCUCAAUUGGUCUUCUACUCGGAACCCCUUCUGAAAUUAUUCAGUACAUUGAAGAGGGAAGUGUUGUCCCUGCUGAAAUAAGAUAUAUGGUUUUGGAUGAUCUAGAUUUCAUGCUUGGUAGUGGCCUUGGUUCUAACAUCCACAAGAUUCUCGAACCAUUACAAGAUCAUGAAUCAACAUCUUCUUACAAAAGAUUUCAAACCGUUCUAGUUACAUCGUCGAUCACCGAGGUUUUGGGUGAUGAAUCCCCCAUUGUGAAGCAUCUUGAGCGUGAUCAUGCUGAAAAUAUUUAUGUAAUUGAUAUUGGUUUGGUAAUCUGAUGGAUAUGAAAUUGAUGACUGCAUCUUAAGAUAUUUAUGUAAAGAUGGCAGGGAAAGAUGUAGGUACUAAACUAUCUCACCCAGUUUGAAAC